CGUGACGUCAUGACGUCCGCGCCGCCGCCGCCGUAGUCGGUGCACGAGUAUUUUUUUUAAUUCCUCUAGUAACCUGGGUGGAUAGCUGGGUGGAUAUUUAAGGAUUGUCUUCAGUCAUGGCCUUGGGAUUAAAGUGCUUCCGUGUGAUCCACCCUGCCUUUUGCAAUUACUUUGCAACCUUGACCAGACCUGUUUCAGAAAUUUCGAUGAAGACAGUGAGUGGAAGACAACACGACCAUAGACAAUGUGUGGCCUGCCCAGCUGUACCAAUUCGCCAUUUUGCAACCAAGAAAGCCAAAGCUAAAUUGAAAGGACAUUCCCAAACCAGAGUGAAUAUUAACACAGCCUUAGUUGAAGAUAUAAUCAACUUAGAAGAGUUGGAUGAAGAAAUGAAGUCUGUGAUGGACGCACUCAAGGAUAACUUCAAUAAGACUCUCAACAUAAGGACCUCGCCAGGAUCCCUUGAUAAUAUUACUGUGGUAACUGCUGAUGGAAAACUUGCUUUAAACCAGAUUGGCCAGAUCUCCAUGAAGUCACCACAGUUGAUCUUGGUGAAUAUGGCAAGCUUCCCAGAGUGUACAGCUGCAGCUAUCAAGGCUAUAAGAGAAAGUGGAAUGAAUCUGAACCCAGAAGUGGAAGGGACACUAAUUCGGGUACCCAUUCCUAAAGUAACCAGGGAACACAGGGAAAUGCUGGUGAAACUGGCCAAACAAAGCACCAACAAGGCCAAAGACAGUUUACGGAGGGUCCGUGCCAAUGCGAUGAACAAGCUCAAGAAAUCAAAGGACAACACCUCAGAGGACACCAUUAGGCUCAUAGAGAAGCAGAUCAGCCAAAUGGCCGACGACACAGUUGCAGAGCUGGACAGGCAUCUGGCAGUGAAGACCAAGGAACUCCUUGGAUGAAAGUCCAGCAGGUCUCAGCCACACACAGAGUCCAGUUUUUGGUGAAUCCUCCGGGGUGGGGGGGAGUGGGCAGAUUGGCACCUUCCACCUCACCUGUUGUCCAUGUGGAAGGCAGUCACUAUGUGGUCAGUCCCUGGAAGACCUAGCUUUCUAGUAGGAUGCUCCGGCUUACUGGUUCUUGUCUUUGCUUCCCUGCCUAGCCUAUUCUGCUCUGAGCCUUUUGGUAUGGAUGUCUGCUGCUGGCAGAGGACCAUUACUCUGGCAGUUGCUGUGACUGAAGUCACCAUAGGACUGGGAGCAUUGGCUGGCUCAGCACCAUCUGCUUCUCAUCUCAGGAGCCCCCUUUCCUGAUAGUGAGUCAGCCCUGCCCUCAUGUUGAAACUAUAUGGACUGAUGUGGGCCUUUACUCUGACUGAUCAUGAUAAAGCCUAAAUAAAUUGAAAAUAACAACCACCAA